UGCUCCGCCACAUGCUCGCAUCACUGUUGGCGACACAAGACCCGCAUCAGCACAGCAAACUCGAACACCAGCUGACCGGCACGAUGGAUGGGCAACGUAAAGACCGCAGAAUGACUCAUUUGUGGAUAUUGACGUUACUGAUAUUUGUUUAACCUUAAGCACUGGAUAACUCGGUCUUUUCCAACUUUUUCUUCUGGAUACGGAUCGCGGAGCUGGAUCUUGCCCUACUGGCUUUGAAAGAAGGAUUAUAUUUAUUCUGAUUACUUUUGUUUCACCGUGACUUCCUUUUUGCUAUCUUCUCUUGGAAUUUGAGUUUUUUUUUCUAAGGGGGGGACUAACUGAUUUUUUAGGAUACGCACAUAAAACUCUAAAGGAUGGCCGAUUGGUUCACCUCUAACCUCGCAAUAGUUAUGACAUUAUUUACUCAGGUUUUGGGAUCAAGUGUGUUCGAGAUAGAUCUCCAUCAUUUUCAGAAUACGAGAGGUUUGCUGGCAAAUGGACGUAGUUGCAGCAUGGAUGGCUGCAGGACCUUUUUCAAGGUUUGUUUGAAGAAUUACCAGACAGAGGUGUCUCCUGGGAGGUGUAUAUUUGGCAAAGCCACCACACCUGUUUUAGGGACCGACUCCUUCAGCAUCCAGCAGGACGCCCGGCUGCGUCUGCCCCUCAACUUCACCUGGCCGGGUGCUUUCUCAUUACUUAUUGAAGCCUGGUAUUCUCCUGUAUCGGAGCAGCCAAGAGAUAACACCAACCGAGAAUUCUUGAUUAGUUCUUCUGCCAUCCAACGACAGUUGAGAAUUGGACCCCAGUGGUCAGAGGAUGUGCAGAACGGGACGCAUACGGAGUUAAGGUACUCAUACCGGAUCAUCUGCAAUGAAAACUACUACGGGGACACUUGCUCCAAAAUAUGCGCUCCCAGAGAUGACCGUUUUGGCCACUACACCUGCAAGUCUGACGGUCAAAUAGCCUGUCUGCCAGGAUGGAAAGGAGAAUACUGCCAAGAACCAAUCUGUCUUGAGGGCUGCAACGAAAGGAAUGGAACAUGCAACUUACCAGGAGAGUGCAAAUGCAGAGAGGGCUGGCAGGGACUCUUUUGUGAUGUGUGUAAACUCCAUCCAUCUUGUAAACAUGGUACCUGUAGAGAGCCCUGGCAGUGCACCUGCAAAGAAGGCUGGGGAGGCAUAUUUUGUGACCAAGACCUGAACUUCUGCACCCAUCAUAAACCUUGUGCAAAUGGGGCCACAUGUAUGAACACAGGCCAGGGCAGCUACACCUGCGCCUGCUUGCCAGGAUUCACUGGGGUUAACUGUGACUCAGAGGUCCGAGAGUGUGACAGCGAGCCUUGUCACAACGGAGGCCAGUGCCUGGACUCUGAGAAUGGCCAUAGGUGUGUAUGCCCACAGGGAUUUGAAGGGCCACACUGUGAGCACAGAAUGCUGACUUGUGCAGACACACCAUGCUUCCAUGGAGGCCAGUGUGAAAAGAUGGAUCACGGGCAUAACUACAUAUGCAAGUGUCCAGCUGGAUACACAGGACUCAACUGUGAGAAAAAAAUGGAUAAAUGUACCUCGUUGCAAUGCGCCAACGGUGGACAUUGUGUGUUCCAUGAUAACACAAGAAUGUGCAGCUGUCGCUCAGGCUUCACAGGGUUGCGCUGUGAGAUCAACAUCAAUGAAUGUGCCAGAAACCCUUGUGCAAACGGCUCCACCUGCAUAGACCGCAUUAAUGACUACACCUGCACUUGCCCCCCUGGGUACACAGGCCGCCACUGCGACAAGCCCACAGACCACUGUGCCUCUCAACCCUGCCUCAAUGGUGGGGUCUGCACCAUAGGACCGCGAGGCAAUCCUGCCUGCAACUGCCCUGAACAUUACAGCGGCUCUCAGUGCCAGAUCAGUGAUAACCUCCCAGCCAAUACCCCCAGCCCUAAUAGAGGCUUGGACUCCACUGGACAGCUGAACUUGGCUGCCAUCAGUUUGGGCGCAGGACUGGUGGUUGUUCUGGUGCUUCUCUGCAUGGCACUGGUGCUAGUGCAUCACAGAAAGAAGCAUAGAAAUAAGGAGCAGGACUCAGAGACAAUGAACAACCUCUCCAAGGCGGACUAUCAGAAAGAGAACCUAAUCUCCACCGUCGAUCUCAAGAACACAAAUAAGAAAAUCGAUUCAGAGAUGGACUGUCCCACAGAAAAGUUAAAUCAUAAAUACAUCAACCAUUAUCACCUGGACUAUAAAUCCACCAUGGGGUACAAGGAUGAAUUGUCCCUUCUGGACAAAGAUGAAAACUGUGAAAAGACAAUAGAAGACAAAAAACAUUUCAGUAGAAUGUACAGUGUGUCUUUAUCUCAUAGUGAAGGACCAGAGUGUAGAAUAUCAACAAUAUGUUCCUCCAGAGAUUCAGUGUACCAGUCUGUCUUUCUAGUAGCAGAAGAGAAAAAUGAAUGCAUCAUUGCAACUGAGGUAUAAUAAUCAGAACUUGUUACUAACCGUCAA